AUGCGGGAUCGUUUUUUGCUGCAAGGAAGGCAUUGUCGUUCGAGGUACUUCCCGUUGCACCAAGGGCCACAUCCGGGGCUGCUGCAGGCGGCGUCAUCUAGGUGGCUGCUGGGGGCGACUCGGGCUGGGCCUCUUGCACGAGUACUGGACAACGUUCGUCCAAUGGGAUGUCGGUUUGUCUCCACUGUGGAAAGAGUGGUUACAUGCCUACUAACUGUUUCGAUAUCAUUGGCUAUCCGGACUGGUAUUCUCCCUCAUGUUCUAGCCAUGGAGGUCGCAGAGGGGCUGGUCGUGGGCGUCGUGGCUGAGGCGGCCAAGGUCUCGGUGGUUCCCAGCUUUCUGAGUCCGACCGAGCUGCUAUCACUGGAGCGGUGGAGCAGCUUCGUGGGUGGGGGUCGUCGAGGGGUUGUUGUUCGCGAGCAGAGGAACUCGCUGGUUCGCGGAGGAGAUGGCGGGGAUCGUCCGUGGGUCAUUUUUCUCGUUCGCGUGAGCAGCAGCACACCGUGGUCGCUCGCGGUGGAGGGUCGCCGGAAAGGACGCUGGGACGGCGGAGGGCUCGGAGUUGCAGACGGGGGAAACUCGCGGAGGGAAGGGAGGUUAUGGCAGCUCGCGGUGGUUCUGAUCGCCGAUGGCAGGGACUCGCCGGGAAUAGCUCAUGGACGGCCUUACAUUACAAUCAUAUCAUGCACUUUAUUUUAUUUAUUUGACGUAAAACGUGUAAACAUUGAUAUAUAA